AUGCGCUCCAACAGUAUCUCUAGCAUCUCCUCCGUGAGCUCACGUGGUUCAUCCGUAGAGCCCGAGGAGACGAUGCAGAUCUUCGUCAAGACGGUUGCUGGAGACACUUUCCCAAUCACCAUCCCUCAAUCGACAUCCGUCGGUACUCUUCGUGCCCUGUGCGCCCUCCGCACGAACAUCCCAGAGACCGACCUUCGGAUAGUCUACGCUGGCAAGCACCUAUCGCUAUCAGAGCGCCUGACGGCAUGCAAUGUCACCCAGGACAGCACGCUUCACAUGGCAUUACCACUCCGUGGUGGUGCACCGAAGAAGAUCCGAUGCGGUGCCAAGGAUUGCAAGGACGCGGCGCAGAGGAUAGUGGGUGACUGUGGCUUCUGCCAGGGGCACUUCUGUGGCAAGCAUCGCAUGCUGGAGUCGCACAACUGCCCCGGUCUUGAGGACUGCAAGAAGGAGGAGAAGGAUCGCAACACGCAGAAGCUGGAGAGUGAGCGGACGGUGGCGAUCAAGGGUAUUUAG